AGGAACAUCGUGUGGGUCUACAUUGUCUGGGUUGGGUCACACCCUAGCCCUGAAGCGUUCUAGUCUUUCGAUACAAGGAAUCGAAUAUCCUCUCGAUAGUCCUGCGCCACGGGAUAUUAAUGCUUCGAAACAUAUAUGUAGAGUCGUUUAUACUAGGCCAUUUGAGUUCUUCCUUAGCCCACUGCUUGACUGGGGGUCGCUUGAGCACAUAGCAUCUCCAUCCAAGGCAACACUUCGCUCACCGUGUUCAUCUUGAGGAUCCCUCGUUGCUGACUUCCUGGUGUUCCCUUCCCCUACAAUAUUCCUCUCGAUGGCGAUGACGGCGCUCCAGUGAGUCACACGCGUUCAAAUAUGAUCAACGGUGUCAGACGUGUGGACAUUAGAAUCACUCUUUGCAUUGUGAGGCUCAUUUGUGUCUUCGGUGUAGCGGCACCGCUGUGGGCCACAAUAACAUGUGGUAAGUUCCAUGACCAGGAUCACACAUUUCCACAAUCAGCACGGCGUAGAACCGCGAAAACUAAUGAGCCAUUCAGUACCGUCCCAAGUCCGUCAAGGGGGUAUAGCGCGCUGCGGUCUUCCUGCAUAUUUAUAGGGGUAUUAUGUAUACAUCAAAAAUGGUCUCCAUAAACUUCCCACUGCGCC